AUGGAGUCGCUGCAGGCGUCGCUGUGCGAUCGCGCCAGCAAGGAUCCUCAAUCUUCAACCAACCACUUCAUCAAACUCCCCAAUGAGCUUGUCCUCGAAAUCAUCAACCUCUGCCAGACGCGCAAAGCUCUCUCCCGUGUCAAUAAACAGCUUCGCUCGUUGACGAUUCCCUACAUCUUCCGGCGGAUGAGAAAGUGGAUCAACGAGGACAAGCUUUUUGACAGCCUUCAGGUCAUCGAGAAGAACCCUACCAUCCUGUCUGCCGUCCAACAUUUCUCUCUUUCAUCCGACGGCCCCAACAGACCUGCAUCCCGCUGGGACUUUCUUGACUCCGCCAGUGGUCCCUGUCCUGCAGCAACCCCUGCUCUGUUGGCAACCGUUCUGCAAAAGAUGAUUAAUCUCGAGGAGCUCUCACUCAGACUCCGCUACGGCAACAAGACUCUAUCAGGCCCUCUUCGCAAGGAACUUCUCGAUAAGAACAUCGUCUUAGCAUCCAUCCGAAUCUUGACCUUUGGCAACACAUCUACCAUGAACUUCGUCCCCAGCACUUUCAUCAACUUACGUGUGCUCAGUGUCACCGUCAAGACAUCUCCCAAGAAGACGCCUGGACUGCAAGCCGCCUCGACGAAAUUGCAGCUAGAGGUCCUCGAGCUCAAGCAGGACAAUUGGACGACUGAAGACGUUGAGGAAAUCUUCGAACUCUUCCCUCAAGUCUCGAAGCUUCUCGUUGACGGCGAGCUGAAGAACACCAGAGUCUCAGCGCUCAUCCCCAUAUUCAAGCAAUUCAACAAUCUGCGAUAUCUUGCUCUGACCACUGUUCCCAAGGUCUACCCCCGUCCAGGUCUUUUCGACGACAGACUCCUCGAUGAGAUUGAUGAUCUUCGCGAGACACAUCCCCUCAAGGAGGAUCUGAUAAUCAAUGCUGUGGAGCUUUUCCGGCAAUGCCAGCAACUAGAGACAGUAUGCUUGAAGGAUGUUUUCGACGGACACGUCUUCCUGCCCACCAGAAAUGGUAAAGAGAUUACUGUCGAUGACACCGUCUUCACCGAUGAGGAUGGGUUUACACUCGGUUGGCCGGUUCUUUCGACUAUGUAA